GAUGGUUUGGCGUUGGUCAUGGCGCGCCACUGCGCAUGCGCACCAACACUCCGCGUACCUCAUCUCUGUGCUGCUGCCCAGCCUCCAAACGAGCUGCGAGCCACUGGGAUUACCACACGCUAGCCCUUCUCUUGAAGACCCCGAAGGUCAAAGGUCGGGUACUGCAGUGGGAUGCAGUCCUUCUCGGAUGACUGAAGAGCUCUAAGAGAGAGAAACUGAACAGCAUAAAGAGAAAGCACAUUGAAAAUCAAAAAUAAGUCUGCCUGUGCAGAAUAAUAAAGACCCCUUCCCCAUUAAGCUGUUUUUCCCCUUGUUGCCAAAAUGUCAGCGGUCACUUCAGCAAACCCAGAAGCUCCUGCAGUCACCAACCCUCCUCCCCCUGAGGUGACCAACCCUACCAAACCCGGCCGCAAGACUAACCAGCUGCAGUACAUGCAAAAUGUAGUUGUCAAGACACUGUGGAGGCACCAGUUUGCAUGGCCUUUCUACCAGCCUGUUGAUGCCAUUAAACUUGGUCUUCCGGACUAUCACACGAUCAUAAAGAAUCCAAUGGACAUGGGCACCAUCAAGAAAAGACUGGAGAAUGUGUACUACUGGAGUGCAAGCGAGUGUAUGCAGGAUUUCAACACAAUGUUCACAAACUGUUAUAUUUACAACAAGCCAACAGAUGACAUUGUGUUAAUGGCACAAGCAUUAGAGAAGAUCUUCCUUCAGAAGGUGGCCCUGAUGCCUCAGGAGGAGGUUGAGCUUCUUCCUCCUCCUCCCAAGGGCAAAGGGCGCAAACCUGCAGGGCCUGACGCAGGUCAGCAGGACGGAUCUGUCUCUUCUGGCUCGCCCACUUCUGUUUUCCCUGGUGCCACUUCACCGAGUUCACAGACAGCAGUCGUAUCCCCAGCUCCAGUGCCCAUCAUCACCCCUGUCUUACCAGCUGUGCAGAACACAACCACUGCCGCCAUGAUACCCGGCAUGCCUCCGUCGCAACCCAAUCUCAAAAAGAAGGGGGUGAAGAGGAAAGCAGACACAACCACCCCUACUACCUCUGCCAUCACCGCCAGCAGGAGCCAGUCGCCCACCCCUCUUUCAGAAGGCAAACAGGGCAAAGUGGCAUCCAGGCGAGAGAGCACCGGUCGCCCCAUCAAACCCCCUAAAAAGGAUUUUGAGGAUGGUGAACUAGGUGUAUACGGUAGCAAAAAGGGCAGGCUUUCAGAGCAGCUCAAGUACUGCGAGGUCAUCCUUAAAGAAAUGCUUUCAAAAAAGCACGCUGCAUACGCCUGGCCUUUUUACAAGCCUGUUGACGCCGAGGCUCUCGAGCUACACGACUACCAUGAAAUAAUCAAACACCCCAUGGACUUGAGCACAGUGAAAAAAAAUAUUGACAGUCGAGAGUACCAAGAUGCGCAGAGUUUUGCUACAGAUGUCAGAUUAAUGUUCUCAAAUUGUUACAAGUACAACCCACCUGAUCACGAGGUGGUUGCUAUGGCCAGAAAGCUGCAGGAUGUGUUUGAAAUGCGUUUUGCAAAGAUGCCCGAUGAGCCAGUGGAGGUGGCCGGGGCAGGCGGUGUAGGCGGGGCCGGUGUGGUCAGUAAGAGUACUGUCAGCAGUGAGAGCAGUGGCGACUCCUCCACCUCUGACAGCUCCGACUCCGAGGAGGAGAGGGCCACCCGGCUCGCCGAGCUGCAGGAACAGGUGGGUGCGGAACAGUGUAUCUCUUUGGAGCACCCCAUUGGUAGCAGACAGGGGAUAAAAAACGGGUGCACCAAGAAUAAUCAGCUGAAAGCUGUCCAUGAACAGUUAGCUGCUCUUUCUCAGGCCCCUGUAAGUAAACCAAAGAAAAAUAAAGAGAAGAAAGAAAAAGACAAGAAAAAGAAAGAGAACAAGCACAACAAAUCUAAGCCAGAGGAGAAAGUCAAGCCAGGACAGCCACCGAAACCAGCUCAGCAGAAAAAGGGUCCUGCCAGAAAGGCUAACAGCACUGUUCCAGGCAACAGGCAACCAAAGAAGGGUGGCAGAGGGCCAGGCUACGAGUCUGACGAGGAGAUGUGUCUCCCCAUGACGUAUGAUGAGAAACGGCAGCUGAGCCUCGACAUCAACCGGCUGCCCGGAGAGAAGUUGGGCAGGGUGGUCCACAUUAUUCAAUCCAGAGAGCCUUCACUGAGGGAUUCCAACCCUGACGAAAUCGAAAUAGAUUUUGAGACGCUCAAACCUUCCACUUUGCGUGAGCUGGAGCGAUACGUCAAGUCCUGUUUACAGAAGAAGCAGAGGAAACCUCCACAGAAAGGAGGCUCAGGCCCCUCUCGGCUCAGCGGCAGCAGCAGUUCUUCAGGCUCGGGCAGCAGCAGCUCCAGUGGCUCCACUUCAGAUAGCAGUGACUCUGACUGAACACUUUUUCUUUCCUUUUUUUUUUUCUUUUUUUUUUUUAACAUUGUAUGCAGUCAAGGUUGUUUCCCCUCUGAGACUUUUUAUACGAAAGAGAAAGAAAAGAGACAAUAAAAAUGCAUCAUGUCAGAGUUUUUAUUUUUUUUGGAAAUGUCAUGAAGAAAAUUACAGCUAAAAAAAGCUAACUAAUAAGUUGCUUUUUAAUUCCACUGACUCUGAAAGGGAUGUCCAAACCUAAAACUGCAAGGAGAGGAAGUCCUGAAGCAUAUUUUAUAGUUCAAAUUCUCUUCCCCCGGGGUCCUGGUAAUGUUGUACGUUACCCCUGCAAACUUAAGCCAUCCCAUCUCAAUAGAAAAAGCGGGAAAACUCACACUGUUCUCUUCUGAUUUUACGUCUGUUGUAUUUAUUGUUUUUUUUAUUUUUUAUUUUAUUUUUUUUUUAUAAUAUUGUUUUUGCUGUGGCCUCAUUUUUCCCCAUUGGGCGCUGUGCCAUUGAUCUAUUAUUCCUUCUUUUUUUUUAUGUCCUCUCAAACUGAAAAGUGUGUCGAUGAAAAUCAUGCCUUUCUUAAAAAAAAAAGUCACAACACUUAUAGGUAGUAUGGGGAACAGAUGGCUUUAAUUAGGCAUAACAAACUCUAAUUUGGCCAUUUUUAUAGAUGUAGAACAAUAUUAAAACAGAAUCCUAUACUCUCCAGGUAAUAAAUAUAUGGUUUAGGAAAAUAUUUUGAUGGGAAUUAAGCAGAUUUGGUUGUUUUUUUUAAAGGAUGCUUUACAAUGAUGUGGACAUGUAAAUCAGUAAGCUGGAACACAUGCGGACUUCAUGUCUUAUUAAGCCUUGGUCAGCAAUAAAUACCCAGAUUUCCAAGUAGUCACACCUGUGACUGGCAUUUUUACAUCAGAUAACUUUAGAUAAGUCUAGAAGUGUUGGUGACAUGGAUGUUGACACCUGGAAUCAGUAAAUGUCAUUUGUCUUGAUCUUUACUGCCAUGUUGUGAUAAUGCUAAUUAUGCGUUUCUUAAUUUUUAUUUCAAGUGUUUUGGCAAUGAUAGUAAAUCACGCAGUCUUCCUCUUCUCACUCUCUUGCAAAAUUGAUUCAUGAAUGUAAUCAUCAUUAGAUCUUAUGAAUAGUACGCAAUUCCAAUCAGUUGGGUUACAAACAAGUUUUCCUUUAUAAAGUCCCCCACCAUUCCUCUGUGGAUUGCUUUACUAUCCAAUAUCUGUUAGAAUAACUGUGUUUGAUUUCUGAAGUGUAAGAUAUUGUAAUGUCCUCUCUGAUGACCUUCUUUUUUUAUGUUAAGUUGUAAAGGGAUCUGGUAUUCAUUUCAUUUUCAAAUACUUUUGGUUCAUGGAUAGGUGUUUGUUUUGAACACUUCUGGGACAUAAUUGCAGGAUUGUUUAAUUUUGACAGCCAAAAUUCAUGAGGGACAUGUAUCCUUCAGAUUAAUUAAAACACUAAUAGACAUAGUCAUAACAUAAUUAUUUUAAGAUGAAAAAUGCUAUUAUUGAUUUUACCCUCGGUCUCUGGAUGUACACGACUGCAAAACCUCCCCAAGUCAUUUCUGAGUGUCUGACACAACUAUUGAUCAAGUCCUAUCUGGAUUCUAAGAAUGAUUUCUUUUAGAGACGGACUGAAAAGAAGAAGAAAAAAAAGACUGUAUAGAUAUAUAAAUAUACAACUUAAUUUCAUUUUAGGCCCUGAUUUUAAAAGAAAGUUCCUUUAUAUUUAAAACAAAGUUUACUUUUUAUCUUUGACAUGCAUGCUGAUUUAUUGUAUUUUUCUUAAAAAAAAAUCUGAGCUAUUUAUAGUUGUAAAUGUCAGUUGUGGAAACAACAAAAUCAAGAAUACAGUGCGAGUAGAUUUAGGCUUAUACAGGCCAGAGGGUUGGGUUGGAGGCAGUGAUAGAGAGGCUAAAAUUUGUUGUACUUGCCUACCUUGAAUGUCUUGUACAUGGGGUACUUUUCUUCUUUCGUAAAAUAAAUGACAAAAUGCCUUUUA